UAUAACUGUAGAUUAAUUUAUAGCAAGAUGAAUGGCAUUCGACCUUCAGCCUCUUCAGCAGGAAACAGAACACCUCCAGACAAACCAAAACUCUCCCAAAACUCUUCUGGGGCAGUUAACCGUAGAACUGGUUUAAGCUGUGCUAACUGCCAGACCAACACUACUACUCUGUGGCGGCGGAACUGCUCAGGAGAACCAGUUUGCAAUGCAUGCGGUCUAUACUUUAAACUUCAUCGUAUAAAUCGUCCACCAUCUAAGAAGAACGAAGGUAUUCGUUCAAGGAAAAGAAAACCUAAAAAUCCAAACAAUGUUAAGGAGCCUAGAAGGCAUAAAACCUCCACAAAGCCAGCCAGCGUUGUUAAUAUGGAGAGAGAAAUGGAGAAGAUGAAAGGCUCCAGGUUGGAAGAGACACGAGUAAAGAUUGAGAUCGGAGAUAGAAAUAUUUAUUUAACACCUAAACUAGGAGAGAAUCUGGACCCACAGGAGAUAGUGUUGAAUUCUGGAAAGCAGUCUGGAUAUUCAAUCAAAACUAAUGAUUAUAUAUUAGCAGGAAAGGUUCUAGACUACACAGACAUGAAAGCUCAUGAAUUUUCACAGCCCGUGGACUAUGUCAUGGCUCCUGGGAAAGGGUACCUAGAUGACGGAAACGGGCUCAUCAAUGGGAUUGAUCCCUUGAUGUCUCGUGUUCGUGGUUUAAUGGGCGGAGAAUCCUAUUUCAGGGAGGUGGAACCCUAUGAGGCAGAUGUUUACUCCGCCAGAUUACACCAAAGAACUCCCCCAUUGGAAGCCUAUGAGAGUAUGCAGGUUCACUAUGCAUCAUCAGCUGGUCCACACCAAACCGGGUUUUCUCCAUCAGCCUACUCGCCAGCCGGUCAUCCCAACUCCUACUCCCCUUCUGCUCAUCCUGCAGCAUACUCGCCAGCUGGUCAGCAUUAUCCCAUCUCUUAUUCUCCUAAUUCUAGUCAUCAAACUUCAUUUUCUCCACCCGCAUCCACCCCUUUACUCCAUUCUAGCCCCUCCUCAAACCCUCUGCUCCAUUCUCCCCCGUCCUCCACCCCCUUACUCCAUUCUCCGAGUAAAUCAGGAACACCUUUACUCAGUCAAUAUCCAAUCAGGAACUCCAGCUCCCAUCACCCGGGAUCCAGAAUUUCGCCAUAACAAUGUUGUUUUAGACAUUUUUUACAAGCAUUUACGUUUAUUUAUACAGAAAACCACAGAAAACUGUGUAAUGGAAAGACGACAUAUAAACAAUCUUUGUAUAUUUGAUGUUGUUAUAAAGUUUUACCAAUUCAAAUUACAAUGUAAGUAUUGAUCUUCAAGUUCAUCGGACUGUUUAUAGUCAUAACUCUGGUCGUCUUUUUAUUUCACAGUUUUCACACUAUAAAAAACCAUUACUUUACUCAUUAUAUAAAUAUGAAAAGAUAAGAAUUAACUUAAAAAUACCUUUUAAAGUGAGUUUGAUAAAUCUUAAUAGAUAAGUUUUAAAAAUAUCAAAAAAAUUUUAUUUUUUAUUUUAAACAAGUUAC